UGAUAGUCUUUCUCGUGUCUUUAUUCUUGUCUUGUUUUGCUGACUAAAAAUUAAAAUGGCUUGCACGCCUAGUUUGAUGAGCUUUGCAACGUUCUGUUCCGGUCUUUUAAUUUGCUUAAUUGAUCUUUCAAGUGACAGUGACCAGUUUAUCUACAUUAGCUUUUUAUAUGUUUUAAUAUUUUGCUCCAUUAUAAAGUUCUUUUUUAACUCCACAAACUUUCAGAUUUCCUUGAGAAGUUAUAUGUUGGGGUCAGCAUUCAGCUAUGGAAUCAUGUUAGCUUUCUCUGAUAUGAGCUUACGAUUGUGUGGUUGGUACAUUGCUGCUUUAGCUUUCUUCCAUUGGUCAGAAUAUUUUGCCACAAGUAUAACAAAUCCACAGAACCUUAAUUUAGAUUCAUUCCUUUUGAACCACAGUCGGGAGUACCAUUUAGCAGUUGUGGCUAGUUUCAUUGAAUAUGUUCUAGAAUGGAUGGUCAUACCAUAUCUUAGUUUGCCACACAUUUACAGUUACAUUGGAUUAACAAUGGUAGUAGCUGGGGAAAUAUUAAGAAAAGGUGCAAUGUUUAAUGCAGGAUCUAAUUUCAACCACUACAUUCGAGACAGAAGAGAAAAUGACCAUCAGUUGGUGACGACGGGCCUGUAUGCUAUCUUCCGACAUCCUUCCUAUGUUGGAUGGAUGUGCUGGAGUGUGGGAACUCAGGUGAUGAUAGGUAACCCUGCUUGCACAGUUCUCUAUUUUAUUUUCACGUGGUUCUUCUUCAGAGAACGAGUUGCAGCCGAAGAAUAUACGCUGUACAAGUUUUUCGGUAGCAGUUACGCUGAAUAUAAAAGAAAUGUUCCAUCAGGACUGCCUUUCAUCUACGGUUAUGAUCCUCAGUGACACUUUACAUCUUUCUAAUUUGUUUUUAUUUUUAAUCUAUUUAUUGAUUUUUUUUAAUAUCAAAACAAAAAAAA